AUGAGCUGGGUGGUUGAGGUUGAUCAUGACCUCGAAAAGAUGGGCGAUGCUUCAACAGGGAUGGAGCCUCUCAAGAAAAAGUCCAUCUACAGAGUACCAAGCUUCAUUGCAAAUCUAAACAAGGGAGUCUACAGUCCUCAUGCAGUCUCAUUCGGUCCUUACCAUCACGGUGAGGCUCAUUUGGAACCAAUGGAGUGUCACAAGAAGCGUUCUCUCCUUCAUUUUCUUAAGAAUAGAGCAAGCUUUCCUCUAAAACUGAAAGACAUUCUUGAUUCCUUCGCCCAAGUGGAAGAAGAGUUGAAAGAUUCAUAUGACUCACUUGAUCCUAAGUGGCAUAGUGACAAAGAAGGGUUCUUGAAGCUGAUGAUUAUUGAUGGCUGUUUCAUGCUGGAAAUAUUCCGGGCAGCCAUUAAAACUCCGGACGAUUAUCACUCCGACGAUCCGAUUUUCAGCAAACACGGGAAGCUCAAUAUCAUGCCGUUUAUCAAGAGGGACAUGUUGAUGCUGGAAAAUCAACUGCCCAUGCUUGUUCUUGACAAGCUUCUGGCUAUUAGUAUGAAUGGUGACGAGUCCAUCAACGAGUUGAUCCAUCAGUUCUGUAAUCCCGACUCUCGUGACAUUCCUCCACCGACAGAAAAAUACUUGCACGUACUUGAUAUGUUUCGGAAAAGCCUGUUCAUGAAAUCCUCCGCCACCCCCUCCAUGACCUGCAUGGGCAUUGGAACCGUUACCGGCACCGACAUGGAUACUGGAACUGUCACUGGAAUCGGUGCCGCCACGGCUACUAGAACCGAUACCAGUACCGAUAUCGGCACUGAAACCGGCACCGAAAUUGUUAUCGGCACCGGAACCGGCACCAACGCCGCCACUGCUACUGGAACCGGUACCAGUACCGGUACCGGCGAGGGCACUAAAACCGGCACCAGCGCCGGCAGCGAUGCCAGCAAAAAAGAUAGAUGCACAUGGAAAGGUAAAGGCAAGCAGAGCGACGAAUUAAUUCCGAUCACGCGAUCCGCAACCGAGUUGAACGAAGCCGGUGUCCGAUUCAAGAGAAUAAAAAAAAGUCCGAGCAUCAAAGACAUCUCAUUCGAAGGAGGAGUACUGAGCCUCCCCACCUUCGUAAUCGACGACACCACAAAAUCGACAUUUUUGAACAUGAUAGCUUUUGAACACUGCCAUGUUGGCGCCGGCCAUGAGGUGGCCUCAUACAUCUGGUUCAUGGACAACCUCAUCGAUACCUCUUCUGACGUCAGGUUUCUUCAGGGCAAAAGGAUCGUUCAAAAUCUCAUAGGAAGUGACAAAGGUGCAGCGGAUCUGUUCAACACAAUCUCUAAUGACUUGACGAUAGAUCCAGAGAGUCAGCUGGGGUGGGUGAAUUCGGCGAUGAGUUGGUACUGCGAGAGGAGGCGGAACAGGUGGCGAGCCAACCUGAUACAUACUUACUUCACCAAUCCAUGGACUCUUAUCUCCGUGGUGGCCGCCGGUGUUCUUUUUGGUCUCACCAUAGCUCAGACUGCCUACGGCGCUUUGCAAUACUACCAAGGCUAA